AUGUCUUCUAUGGAGGACUGCUCAGAGUACAUAAAUUCUAGCCAUCCACAACAGCAACAUCAUCGACAUGGCCAUCAUCCGCAGCAGCAACAACAACAACAACAAAUUCAUCAUCAACAGCAACAGCACAAUCAAACCAAGCUAUCAGCUGUAUUAUCAUCCAGCACGUUGUCGCAUCAUCAGGGUCAAGGGCAACUCCUACAAUCGGGAGGCCCCAGUGGGAGUAACAAUACACUGUCUCGAGGAAGUCGUCGGUCCUCCUAUGGACCUAGCCCCUAUCAACAGCAGCUGGUCCCGCAAGCUGUAAACUAUCAUGAUGGUUUGAGUAUGGCAGACAACAUCUCCGUGGGAGGCGGUAGCAUAAUUAGUAACCAUUCUGGCCAACGUUAUGUACCCGAUCUUCACUAUGGAACGCUUAGUAAUAGGAUUAUCCACAGUGAACGAUACGUCAUUGAUGAUAGCAGCUGUUUGCAACCUCCAUCGCCAGCGCCUAGCAACGAUCACUACGUCAUGGGAAUGCCAUCACCAUCACCCUCAGCACAUCACUAUCCGGAGCGUCAUUACACACUACAACAGAGAACGAUGAGCCCCUCAAAUAGCAGAUACCGCCAUAGUUUAACCGAGAAUUACCGCGAUAUUUCUCCCCAAUGUGAUCGAUUCAUCCCUCCUCCAGCACACUUUCUUGGCGCUACAAAUCCUCUCGCUGCCUCAGACACUUACGGAUAUCUGAAUUCAAAUGUCCACACCCCAGUCAAACGAUAUGUUCCCACUCCACCACCCCAAGAACCAACGUAUCAACCGCAGACGCAACUAAUGACCGCUAUCCUUACGCAAACUGCGGUUACCACAUCACAACAGAGGGGAAAUCAUCUAACCAACACAUUGCCAUAUCGUUUUCGAGUCAAAUCAUGCCCGAACGAGCAGACCAUUUCAACGCCGCAAAGUUUUGAUACAUCCGAUCAUUAUGUCACACCACCACGUGUUCGUCCGCAGAAAUGUUCAUCAUCUCUGACAGCCAGCUGUUCGGUUCCGAAUUCUGCGCUAUCUUCACAAGCCCUAAGCACAGCACGUCAAACGGGUCAAAGCACCGAAUAUCUUCUAGCACGCACACCGAGUGCAGAUUUCCUCGAUCAGCCAUCUUGUCGAGUAGCCACACCGGUCAGUGUUAUGAGUGAACCAAAUGGUAGUGCGUCGUGUCUGCACUGCAAUACUCUACGCAGAACAACUGGGGUGCACCAGACUACACAAACCAGCGGUCCCAUCAGUCCUCAACCCCUGUCAUUAUCUUCAGCAACAGAGUCAACCGGUCGGAACUCGCCUUUGAGUCCAACAUCGCUAUCAACACCGAUGCCUACCGCGCCAUCUUCAAACAGCUUGCAACAACCAUCACACAAUAUUCAUCAGCAACUUCAGCACCAUCUGCAACAAUCAGCACAAUCUCCAUCAACCAUGCUGACGGCAACGCAAUCACAGCCACAAAUAGCAAUCGAACACUACAAUGCACAUGAGUCAAGCGACAUCUCAACAAUUCCAAGAAAUCAGGCCAAACAGCAACUGCAACAGCCACAACAUUUAUCGGCCAACUCAUCAGAGCAAAGCAUUAUGACCAGUAGCAACAGUAGGUCUAUAUUGGUUCAAUAUCAGCAGCCAAACAUUUUACAACAACCACCCGCACCGCAACAAACAGUGCAACCACCGCCAGCCGCACAAUCUGUACCACCGCAACAAUUGAUCCCACAGCAAAUUCCACAAAUGCAACUACAAUCUGCGCCAGCGUCACAGUCGCAGCUAGUGGCGGCAACACCUGCACCAGUAUCGCUCCCGGGACCAUCUCUAUCAGCACAACACUCACCGCCGGUUAGCGAGUCACCGGCUUCCACGCUACAACGCAAUGCACAGCUGAUCUUUCGUCCAUCUGCUCCUAGCAUUUCUCGAAAGCAGCGUGUAAAAGAAUAUAUGAAACAUCAAACGGCGAAGUUCUUUGGUGUAGAUAACUUAAAUGAAGAAUACGAGCGUCAGAAAUGGGAAGAUCGCCAGAAACGUUUCGCGUUCCGACGGUUUGGUCAGUUGAAAGAUGAAUACGAUUUUCCGUUUCGCAACAAUAAUACAAACAACAACGCAGUGGAGGAAAAUGCUGCUCCCAUCGACAGACCGGAUGUACUGCCCGCACAAAGCCAAGAUGAGCGCGAUACAGAACAAAGCCGACGACAGCGAGCAAACCCGCGUCAUACUUAUGACGCUAGCUCGGAUACGUUCAUAUUCAAAGCUGAACGAAAGCCUUCCGUACCGACAGUGAUCUGGAAUGGCAUAUCCUUUCUGGUGCAUAGUAUUACAAGAAAACGCUUGCGGAAACAGAAACAGUGGUCACGUAGCUUUGCUCCCGCUCACGUUGAACUCACUGGCGAUGAUAAUGAGCUUUGCGAUGGAUUACAACCAAUACAGGAUGACGAAACAUUUUUCGACACACCUGUUCCACCAACUGCCCAACAACCCAACCCGGGCCAGAUUGUGGACAAUUCCCGUCAGCUAUUUGUAUCCGAAAACGAUCGGGGAUUGGGCGCAACUACCGACAGUGGGAUAAUCAAUGGAUGGCGUACCAGGUCUUCCGAACUCCAUCUACAAGCACGAGAAGGCGCCAACGGUACACUUGGUCAACGAAUUUCCUCACACAUUCUGGAUGGAGUCCUAGAUAACUCAAUGAGGCCAAUAGCAAAUAAAAUUAAACUUCUACGACCAAAUCUGCUCGAUGACCGCUAUGAUUACAGGCCGUUUUUCACCUACUGGAUCAAUACGGUUCAGGUGCUUGUACUCGUUAUUUCUCUAAUCUGUUACGGAUUCGGCCCGAUUGGAAUCGGUAUGGAGUACAAGACGGCUCAGGUGCUGGUAACAAGCUUGAGUUUACAACAGGUUCAUCAUCAAGAAACGCGUAAUGUAUGGAUAGGAUUAAAAAAUAUCGACAUUGUGCACCUGGGUGCAAAGUACGGAGCUUGUAUGCGGCGCGAUUCUCGAAUAUCGGAGGUAAUUACGAAAACACGCAAACAGGAACGUGAGACGGCCUGCUGUAUUCGUAAUGACGAUUCUGGAUGCGUCCAAAGUUCCCAAGCGGACUGCUCGAUGCGUGGCCUCUGGCCAACGAAAACAAUUGCUACUUGGAAGAAAUGGUCACCGGGUGAAUCUGGCCCUGGUGGACGCAUUUCCGGCAGUGUUUGUGGUCUCGAUCCAAAAUACUGCGACGCUCCUGCUUCCAUCGCACCGCACGAAUGGCCGGACGAUAUCACAAAAUGGCCGAUCUGUCGUAAGAAUAAUCAAUUCUCCCAGCGAUUCCGAUUCAAGGAUCACACCGCCGAGCACAUGAUUUGCGAGGUGAUAGGCCACCCGUGCUGUAUCGGGAUCUACGGUGAGUGCCGCAUCACCACCAGAGAGUAUUGUGAUUUCGUCAACGGGUACUUCCAUGAAGAGGCAUCUCUCUGCUCGCAGAUUUCUUGUUUGAACGACGUUUGUGGAAUGUUUCCGUUUAUAGCCAACAAUUAUCCGGAUCAGUUUUACCGUCUCUUCACGUCGCUUUGUCUACACGCAGGCAUCAUACAUCUAGUAAUCACAGUUGCCUUUCAGCAUAUGCUGAUGUCAGACCUAGAGCGACUCAUUGGGCCAUUGCGGAUGGCGAUCCUCUACAUUGGAUCCGGAAUCGCCGGGAAUCUGACGAGUGCAAUUUUUGUGCCGUACAAAGCGGAAGUCGGCCCACUGCCAUCGUUAGCUGGAGUGCUGUCAUCAUUGAUGGUACAGCUGAUACUGUGUCACUGGAAAAGCUUGAAGAAACCGCACGUAGCUAUGAUUAAAUUACUUAUCAUCGGGUGUACAUUAUUCGGAUUAGGAACACUGCCCUGGCAGCAGAACUUCACCGGUUUAAUAGCCGGUUUACUCUUCGGUAUCGGAUUGACGUUGGCCUUCGUGCCGUUCGUGAGUGUCACGAAACACAGUAGAAAGAACAAAAUAAACCUUAUUUGGACAUGCAUGGUUAUACAGUUUAUCGUAUGCGCCGUGAUGUUUAUCAUAUUCUACGUCUUUCCAAUGCUGUUCUCGUCUUUGAACUUCAUCGAUGGAAAUCAACUGUCGGAUCAUAAUUCCGCACACAGUUAUCAUGACCAUUAUAAUCUGUACGAAGGCUACCAAAAUUACAAUCCUGGUAUUGGAAAUGGCCACGGUCAUAACCAUGGCAAUGGAGGGGGUAUAAUCAAUGGCGGGAAUCAUAUUGUUACGACGUACAACGUGAACAACAACUUCAAAUCGCCCACUAGCCACGGUGGCGGAAUUCUGUACAAUCAUCACGACUACGGUGGAGGAGGCGGUGGUGGCAUCAGCAUGUCCGGUGGUAUCAAUAGGAUUAGUAGUAGCAACAAUAAUAAAAAUAAUAAUCUGUUGAAAGGUAUAAGUAUGUGUGAAAAAGGGCAGUGUGUCCAACGUCAGCCGCGUAGCGCUGAUACGAAUGCAUGA